CUGGUGGUAUGUUGAACCGCCGGAUGAGUGAGUAUCUUCCGCAAAUCCUUGUCACGUAGUUAGCAGAUCAACAUCUGAUUCUCAUGUCAUCAAAGUCUAUGUCUAUGAUUUCGGUCUCCGCCGUCCUCAGCUGCUUGAUGUGAACAUCGCAUUCAUCGGAUCAUGGUUGAUUAUGCGAGUCGCAUGUGACCCCGCACCGUUGAUAUAAUCUUUCAUGUGGUUGUUGUCUGGAGCAAACUGAGAUUUCAUCAGUGAAUACCGUUACUUUGUUCGCCGCCCGCAAGAGGCAACUUCGGCUGUAGAGAAGCCUCGUAGCAGACAUCGUUGAUGGAACGAAAAGAAAACGUCGAACGACAAAGAAGCACGAGAGUAAUUCAACAGCUCUGAGAGAUGGUCUGUCGUUCUUAUUUUUGAUCAUAAAAACGGCACAAAACCUGAAAAUAUGAGUAACUCGUAACCUCGUCAUCGUCUUCGUCAUGCUCGUCGGAAGACAAGAAUCAAUUUAGUGAGUGUUGAGAGUGAGAGGUGGAGCAAGCCGUGGCUUGCUUGGUUAACUAGCGAUAUGAAUAUUUCCAGGUUCGUUUCCCUACUUGAAGUUGAUGACAAUACAUUUUUCUUUCCACCAAAAUUUAUCACUCGUGUAUCCACGCCGAACAAAUCACUGUCACUCAUCCACCUUAGUCGAGUAAUAUUCCUUUCGAUUCAUCACUGUCGGGAGCGAUUCCUUGACUUUCUAUUUGUUGACUAACAUCAGUAUCCAGUACAACAACUACAACUACCACUACGACAACAGACAUCUCUUGUCUUUUCAAGUGAUUCUUAACGCACAAGCGCAUCAACAACGACACUCCGGAGAAACUUCCGUACAAGUACUACAACAACGAACGACAUCGUGCAAAUCGAGUACAGUCGAGCAGAAUCACCGAGAAAGCUACUCAUUCGUACAACUGACAGCUGUGCGAAUGUUCACUGAAGCAUCGACAAUGCAAGCUCAUUCCAGUCAAGUCAACAUCAGCGUGUCUUCCGGUGACAGUAUGGGCUACAGCGUCGCUUCCUACCACGAUCGCAUGAUGGAUGCUGACCCGUCCAGUACGGCUCGCCGACGCGCCGCGGUCGCUGCGGUGACGGGCCGGGGAGUCAGCACGCCUGAGCAGCUGCUGCAUGACCGGAAACUCAAGGCUGCGCUGAAGGAAACCGCUAAAUCUGUCUGCGAGGUGCUCGAGGAUGGGUUUUUGGACGUGACGUUCAAGCGCAACGUCCAGGCCUUGUACAUCACUGCAGUCCUUGGUGGUCUUUUCUUGGCUACGUAUGUGGCGGAAGGUUACGCGAGUGUGCUGAUGACGAUUGCCAACUUGCUUCAGGCGUGUGGUUUACUCUCGAUCUGGGCCGCGGUGCAUUCGCAGCAGGGAGCAGGCGGAUUCUCGCUGCGCAUGAUCUUUCUCCAGGCGAUCGCUCUGAUGGCGCGUCUAUCCAGCAAUUGCUACCUGAAGGGCUAUUUGCCGGUCGACGACAGCGGCGAAUACAUCUACAAUAGUAUCAGCUGGACCGCACUCACAGCCUGCUUGGGCAUCUUGUUUCAAGUGGCGCGUUAUGAGCAUCCAGCUCUGCGAGCAGCGGUCGACCGUGUUGCGGCUGCCUAUGCGCAUCGCUCUGGAGUUUCCGCAGGUGACAAGAUCGGGCACGUCCUUAUAGCAGUGAAAGAGGUUGGAGUAGUCAUCGCGGAGCUGCUCUGCCAAGACGCUCGUAGUGCAGCUCGCGGCGCGACUCAGCACAAAAACCGAGUUGCCAAGAGCAGCAACGGGUCUACACCAUCCUUUGCGCAGAACCAUCACUAUGACACAGAAGCAGGCUUCCAGGACCCGGAGUUCAACAGAUCUGCGACCCAAGAGCAGCAACAAAACUACCAGAUGAGGGCAACUAUUGCAGCACCGUCAGCGACCCCCUCGUCAUCUGUCGUUCACCGCGCAUCUAACCUCAACGGUGGCUGGAAAUCCUACGAGUGGGAUCUCGACUCGCUGCCAGUCUGGAAGAUCAUUCUGCCGUGCCUGGUUCUGGCCUACGCCUUUCACAGUGACUUGAACAACUACGCGCCGUUGGACAUCGUAUGGAUGUUCGGUACCUAUCUGGAAGGCGCCGCAGUGUUGCCGCAGCUCUCUCUCAUCCAGAAGAAGCAGCGCGUGAACGCUCUCGCUGCGCACUACAUCGCGCUUCUCGCUAUCGGACGCGCACUCCUUGUCUACUUCUGGUACUGGCAAUUUUUAGCAUCAUCUUAACAACGAUGAAAUGCAUUAAAUGGUGCAAAGAUUUUGCCGACGAGUCAUCAUUUGAACUACAAGAUAUUCCGUCCUUUGUCUAUCCACUCAAUCGAAUGUUGAUAGAUCCACGUAGUGGUCCUCGUCUACCGUAUUGAAAUCAAUACAACUUCUACCUCCAUCGAUCAAGGUACCGCGCCUACGAGGAACUCGGUGAGAUGGACGAGUCCUUCAACGUGAGCGGAACCAUUCUCGUUUUCGCGCACGCAGCUCAGUUUGUCAUGGUUGCUGACUUCAUGUACCUCUACCUGAAGGCAGUCGUGCAGGGCAACAUUAUGAACCGCGAGUUUCAGCUGUUGUGGAAACAGGAAGACGUCCCGGUCUAAUUAUUCGGCAGAAGUAGAAGCUUGAUAGAUAAAGAUCGAGGAUGAACAACUGGUGAGCACGACAAUUAUAGUUAUACAUAGAAAUUCUUGUGUUUUGCUUCUGAUGAUGAUCAUGAAAAAUGAAAGCAAAUCGACUAUAAAAUGACAAAAAUAAACAACACGGAGAAAAAAGAGAACUGAACGACAAUUUUUGUACAGCAUUGCACCCGUUGUAGAACUAGAAAUUACUGCUUUUUCCAAGAAUUGUAAGUCUUCUACAUGAUGUUCAAACUAUCAUCUCUUCCGUAAUACUCUUACAACAUCCACCACGCACAUCAACAUUUAACACUCUUGCGAACGUAUCUUGAUCUUGAACAUCCAUCUACAGUUUUAUCUUGUUAGCUCAUUCUCCUUGUGGGGUGAGCCAUUGAUAUACCAUUACACAGUGCUGUCAUAGCUUCAAGUAGACGCAAACCAAAAAAAAAACGCACGCAAAGAACAAGCUCCCAUACGCCUGAGCAGUACCUGACUCCCGACGCUAGACCUAAGUGUGACUCAUAAUGUAAUGAAUGUACCCCCGUCUCUUCUAACUAUAAUUCAACCCAACAUGACUACAUUUGUCAUACUUACUACAAUGUCUAAUUCAGAACUUUUAUUUAUAAUCAGCUAAUACAACAAAAAAUGAACUACAGAGAACUAAAUCUAUUUCUGCAGCAACCUAAUUAGAGCAACAUCUGAUAGAUAUUAGAACUUAGAUUUCUUCAACAGAAUUAUACCCGCUCCCUUUUAACAACAAACUUGACUUCCCCUGUCAUAUUAAGAUGCUAAUGCCAAAAACGCCUUUAUGAAGGAAAAACUCCUUGUAAUAAUGCACAGAUGAAUAAUAAUUAGAAAACUUUCUUCUCAUAUUUCCAUCAUAAUUUUCAGCAGUAUUACGUACUAAUGUUGUUGGACGAUGAAUUGUGAUGGAUCGUGCUAACUAGGUCCGGAAGCAUAAUGAACAUCCACACCUGUCAUAAGCUUAGAUGAAGAGAUCAAACGUAGCACCGCGCGGUAAGCACCCACGAAGACGGUGCGACGUCUUCUAGUUCUGCAACACGCAGCUUCACAUCGUAUCACAAGAAUUGUAUCUAUUUGAUGCCGCUUCUUUUCGUUGUAAAAGCCAUGAUGCUUGUGCACGUAGAGGCGGUCAUCUCCGUGAUGAUAAAAGUGGUUAUUAGCAGCAGCGUGUUUUUCUAAGAUGAAGAAGACGCACAUUUCCGCGAUCUCGAUCAUAUUACAUCGCACCCCAGAUGUUGCCUAACAAACUCGUUCUCCCAAACCCUGAAAGCGAAAAGGUGUGCUAGCUGUCACAGACAAAUCUAAACCAAGUAAAUCUCUUCGUCUGAUGUGAAGCCUCAGUUGUAGCCUCAAAUCAAGAUGAGACGAAUCUUACCUAAGGAUGCUCUCACCUAGUUGCUUCAAUUCAUCCUGCUUCUUGUGGUUGUGCCCAUCGAUCACUCGGGGGUCAGAUCGCUCAGAAGUGGAAGAAAUUUGCGACAAGGAGAAGAUCCGUAAUAAAUUACAACCCCCAUGGAAACACCAAUAUUAAAUGCACUUUCUGAAGAUGGAACAGGAAGACGCACCCACUCUCUUGUAAGACCCCCGUACAAAUUCCUUCAAAAUGAACACACCUCCGUAAAUGACGUUUCUCAUGCAAUAUGACAUGCAUAAUAAAAUCGAAAAAGCACAAGUUGCUGUCCUUUUGUCGCAGAGGCCACGUCGAAC